UUCCCCCCUUCAAAACCUGUCGUAUUCAAUUGAUAGAGUCCACUCCUUAAAACCUGUCAUCAUCCAUUCUUCCCUUCUUUUCUACUCUUCCGACUAUCUCCAUAUUUUAUCGUCUUAUAAUGAGAGUGCUGAGUCAGCUGCUGGGAAGAUAUUCUGAUAGCAAUAAACCACUGAUACUAUUUCGUUUACCAGACACAGAUACCCUAUUUUACCGUACCUCAGAUAUGGCACUUCUUUUCAACCUAUCACCGUUGUCUUUAGAGAAGGGCACAUAUAGAAAUUGCUAUAAAGACCAUGAAGACACUUACAUCAAUACACAGGUUCUUACAAAAUUAGCGGAAAGGCACAACUGUCAACGCCUGGCCGAUCUGUGUAAGUUUUCACCGAAUGACUACAGUGCUGGAUUCGCCGAUGCCAUUCUCCAAACAUUCCCUAAAUUUAAAAGAGCCCCGAAAGAAGAGCAUAUUUGGGAGUCGGUACAACUACCAUUGGAAAAUUUAGAGGAUAUAGUAGAAGGAGAGGAAGGAAAAGAGAUCAAAGCUGAGCCAACAUCGCCGCCCCCUUUGAUCAGCCAGCCCGGGGAAGAGACAAAAAACGCCAUGGCAUUAGAUAAGGUUUUGCUCAACUCAAACGAUUUAAGAAGGAACAGCUUGCUAGAUGUAGAACAUCCUGUAAGCAAGCGCCAAAAAAUUGGUAUAAUGACCUCCUCGCCUUUAGCUAAAGGAAUGAUUACGUCUUCAACAUCAAACGAUGAAAGGGAACGAAGAUCGCAUUCACUAACAGCCAGCAAUCGUGCUAGUAACACUCAACCGAUAUCAGGCCACCUACGUAAGGUCUCUUCUCAUUCUGUUACAAGUCCAGAACAUGAAAUUCAACAACAACAGCAGCAACAGCAGCAACAGCAGCAACAGCAGCAACAGCAGCAACAGCAGCAACCACAAAAACAACACUUAGAAGCUCCAACAUGGAAAAAAAGAGUGCCUUCUAAACAGAAGAAUGCGCGCAACCUUACUAUAUUUGCUCCGUCUUACAAUGAAGAUUUGGCUGGUGUGAGGUCUGCACCAAUUAACUCACAUUUCAGUAAUGUAGCGUUACCAUCACAAUAUCAACAACAUCAAGGUAGAGCUCAACUUGCCAAUGGGGUUUCAACUAUAUCUUAUCCGCACAAUCUCGCGCCAGUUCCUGCUACAGCUACAUUAGCACGACCACCACCCUUCGCACACCAUCCAUCUCCCAGACGGCAUGAGUUCGCAAUUCCGCCUAUCGUACCAUCACAGCACCAACCACCUCAUUCUGCCCAUCCAACUAGUCGGGAGGCUAUGGCGUAUCAACAAUAUAUUGCUUCUCCUAAAGUAUAUGCAAGCGGCAAUGGUCAUCAUUCUCAUCCUCAACAGAGUAACUCCUCAUCUUACAACCAUGCGCAAAGACGUAAGAACCACGAUACACAACCUCAGCUUGCUGUAACAGCAGCUAAUGUACCUUUGCCACCAAAGACACCAACUACCAAUUCAUUUGCUGCAUUGCAGCGUCAGCAGUACCUUCAACCAUUUGAACAUCUAUUUGAAACAAUUGAGACAACACGUACACUAAAAAAUACUCUUGAUGAUCAAAUUCGACGCUCAUCCUCUUUAAUGCAAACCUUGCAAGCCUCAGCUACUACGUUGGAGGGCUUAAUGAGGAAUCAAAUUAAAGAAGCACAAUGGGACAUGAUGUCUCAAAUAGAGAAGACAAUCGAUAAUUUGAUGCAACGUAUUGAAACUCUCGAAAAGCGACUAGAUGGCGCUCAGCAAUGUAAACCAUCCAAAAUCGUAACGGAAAAUCAGCAAAGUUCCGGUUCCUUACCUUCACCGUUACCGAGCGCAACUAAGGAGGAAAGAGCUAUCGCAGAAGAAUUGGUCGCUUUUGCCGAAAACGGAAGAGAAAAUGGCACUAACUUCCCUGUUACCAACAAAGAACUUCAAACGCCACCUACGAUUGUUCGUUCACAAAAUGAUAUCGGACCACAAGAGUAUCAUACAAUGUUAAAUACUUUACGAGAUAGACUAGAUCGCUUAGAAAGACAGAUCGAAACUUGAGAACAGAGCCAACUUUAUGCUUUUUGAUGACCAUAACGUUAAUUGUAUAAAACCCCCUAUUAUUCACUACACUACAUACCAUAUAUUCAUCUAUUUAAAUAUCAUACACAACCCUUUUAAAGCCAAUAUCAAAAAUAAAGAAUGCUAUUAUCUCUACU